AUGGCGAGGAGUGCAGUGUGGGGAGUCUGGGAGAGAGCAUGUGCUGAGUGGGGAGGAGGCAGUGCUGGGGAGAUUCAGUGGGGAGGAGGCCAUGAUGGGGAGAGUGCCAGUGGGGAGGCUGAUGGGGAGAGUGCCAGUGGGGAGGAGGCCAUGAUGGGGAGAGUUUCAAUGGGGAGGAGGCAGUGCUGGGGAGAGUGCCAGUGGGGAGGAGGCCAUGGGGAGAGUGCCAAUGGGGAGGAGGCAGUGAUGGGGAGAGUGCCAGUGGGGAGGAGGCCAAUUGAGUGGGGGAGAGUUUCAAUGGGGAGGAGGCAGUGCUGGGGAGAGUGCCAGUGGGGAGGAGGCCAUGAUGGGGAGAGUUUCAAUGGGGAGGAAGGCAGUGCUGGGGAGGUGCCAGUGGGGAGGAGGCAUGAUGGGGAAGAGUUUCAAUGGGGAGGAGGCAGUGCUGGGGAGAGUGCCAGUGGGGAGGAGGCCAUGAUGGGGAGAGUGCAAUGGGGAGAGGCCAGCUGGGGAGAGUGCCAGUGGGGAGGAGGCCAUGAUGGGGAGAGUUUAAUGGGAGGAGGCAGUGCUGGGGAGAGUGCCAGUGGGGAGGAGGCCAUGAUGGGGAGAGUUUCAAUGGGGAGGAGGGCAGUGCUGGGGAGAGUGCCAGUGGGGAGGAGGCCAUGA